AAAGCUCCACCCCGCUGCCUUGUCUCUUCCGGAUAAGGCCAUAUCAGCACGUUUUAUUUAUUGUGGACUGUAUAUUUUUAUCUUGCGUGUCCAGUGAUAAGUUAUAUUUUGUAGCAGCGACGCUUUAACUCGGUUGUACAGUUUUCAGAUUAAUGUAGCUCGUAAAGUGUCGUCUUUAACCGAACGGAGCAGCAGCAUCCAGUCAUGGAGGAGCUGGAGACCCCAGAGGAGCUGCUGGUGAAGCAGCACCGCAAGGAGAAGAAGGAUCUGCAGGCUAAAAUCCAGAGCAUGAAAAAUGCCAUCCCCAAAAAUGACAAGAAGAGGAGGAAACAGCUGACAGGGGAGAUCGCCAGACUAGAGGCCGACCUCAGUCAGAAGCACGAGGAAGAAGUCAGGCAGCUCAAAUCUACAACUGACACAAAGGUGGAGGAGGUGGUAAAUGGAGUGGAGUCCAUACAAGUGGAAGGCGAAGAACAAGAAGAUGCCAAACAGCCACGAGUAACCAAGGCUCAGAAAAGAAGGGACAAGAAGGCGGCCCAGGAGAAGGAGAGAGAGAGCAGAAUAGCAGAGGCCGAGGUGCAGAACCUGCAGGGCGUCAGGCACCAGGAGGGAUUGAAACUGGCCCAGAAACUGGCCCAGCAAAAGCUUCAGAUCAAGGAGAUCUCUUCUGAUGGCCACUGCAUGUACCGAGCCAUUGAAGAUCAGCUGGCACAGCGAUCACAGCCUGGGUUAACCAUGAGUGUGAAGGAGCUCCGGUCUCGCACUGCUGAGCACAUGAGAAGCCAUGCUGAUGACUUCCUGCCUUUUCUCACCAACCCCAACACUGGUGACAUGUACACAACAGAUGAGUUUGAGAAAUACUGCAGUGAUGUGGAGCACACAGCAGCCUGGGGUGGACAACUGGAACUGCGAGCUUUGACCCAAGUUCUGCGUUUGCCAAUAGAAGUGAUCCAGGCAGACUCCCCUGCUAUAAAAAUUGGAGAGGAAUAUGACAGUGAACCCAUCACUCUUGUCUACAUGCGUCAUGCUUAUGGUCUGGGAGAGCACUACAACACCGUGGAGCAACUGAAGGACCCAGCCAAUGGGGAGGAGAGCUGAGAGGCAGCUCAAUCUUAGCGUGACAGAAACUAAUGUGUGCGAUGCAUGGAGCGUCCAACACUGAGGACCCUUAAAUACUGACAUAUUUGGAGGGUGACACUGUUAAGUGAAGUUUAACAGAGAAUAUUGCUGUUUUCAGAAUGGCUUUAGUGGUGCUUUUCUGUUUCAAAGUCAGAAUAAAUGAGAGUGAAGUCUAAUAGAAUUCCUCUCUUCUGAAAGCAGUGUCAUUGUGCUAAUGAGAAAUAGCAUAGAAAGGUAAUUGAUGUGUUAAUGAUUUUACAUUGGACACUCUCGGCCUAUUCUAAUGACCCCUAAGGUUCUCCAGUAGCCCAUUGUAGGACACAGGUGUAAUGCAUUCUUUUUAAAGAAUUCCAAAUGGGUGAGAGAGGACGUAUAACCCGUUGGUGCUGCAUGCCACCCAACCAAAUGUCAGCAGUCACCGAGUGCUUGCUGAUUUUUUUUGCAGUGUUCUUGGAAUUAUUUGAACUUGUAAGUGAUAUCAGUGUUACAUAAAUGCAUACAAUACCAGUAA